AUGUCUCCUUUGGCUCUUCUCCAAGCCCUCUUCGUCCUCCUGUGCUGCUGGUCGCCUCUGGCUCACGCUUCCUCGUCGGAGCUAACCCUUGCACGAGCUGCUUGUGGAGACGACCAGCUUGUCAUCUUCGAUGCUUCUGAUGGCCUCCUUAACCUGUCGGUCAAUGGGGUUCUGGUGCAGGACCGCGUUGUUGCCUGCCAUAAGCUCGGCUUCUACAUUGCUAGAGGCUGCCUCCGCUGCAGCAACCUUUCAGAUGCGUUUAGGGGUGCCGUAAAGCAGUACUGUGGUGAAGGGAGCGGAACUAGCCAUGCAACUUUACAUCACGACGUGCCAAGGAAGCUCCUGAGGCGGCCCACAGAAAAUAGCUCAAGAAAUGAUUAUGACCCAUGUGGGAGGUUUGGGUUGAAUGAAAAUAAUCAGGACACUGAUGAUUCUUCAGAAAAGCAGGAUCAUCUCCUGGCUGUGCCAGGUGUAAUUCUCUUAUGCUGUGGUCUUAUGUUACCAUGCUUUCAUGCCGAAAGAAAAGAAGUCAGCAGGCAUGACACUGGAACCGCUCAGCGCAACACAGUUGAAUCAGUUUCAUCCUAUGAAGUAAGCAUGUCAUCUGAGAAAGUCCCACCAACUCCACAUCGAAUACCUCCAAGUCCAUCUAGAUUUGCACCGUCUCCACAGAUAGCUAGAGUUGGAUCUGUCAACUUAAGCAUCCAGCAGAUCCUCAGGGCGACUCAGAACUUCUCACCUUCAUUUAAGUUAGGUGAAGGAGGAUUUGGGAUGGUCUACAGGGCUGUAUUGCCAGAUGGCAAUGUUGUUGCAGUCAAGAGAGCUAAAAAGGAUCAGUUUGCAGGUCCUAGGGAUGAGUUCAGCAAUGAAGUAGACUUGCUUGCUAAGAUAGACCACCGAAAUUUGGUGAGGUUACUGGGUUUUACCGAUAAAGGAAAUGAGCGCAUUAUCAUCACUGAGUAUGUUCCAAAUGGUACUCUUAGAGAACAUCUCGAUGGUCAACAUGGUCGAGUCCUGGAUUUUAAUCAGCGCCUAGAAAUUGCAAUUGACGUGGCUCAUGCACUUACUUAUCUUCAUCUGUAUGCAGAGAAGACUAUAAUUCAUCGAGAUGUGAAGUCAUCAAACAUCCUCCUGACAGAUAGCUAUCGGGCCAAGGUCUCCGACUUUGGGUUUGCAAGAAGUGGCCCUAGUGACACGGAGAAGACACACAUAUCAACGAAAGUGAAAGGCACAGCAGGGUACCUGGAUCCUGAAUACUUGAGAACGUACCAGCUAACUCCAAAGAGUGAUGUCUUCUCAUUUGGCAUAUUGCUUGUAGAAAUUCUUUCUGCUCGCAGACCCGUAGAACUGAAGCGAACCCCUGACGAGAGGAUCACAAUCAGAUGGACUUUUAAGAAAUUCAAUGAAGGCAACAUGAGAGAGAUAUUGGACCCGUUGCUGGAAGAUCAUGUGGACGAUGAGGUGCUUGAAAAGCUCCUUAGCCUGGCUUUCCAGUGCGCUGCUCCGACAAGGGACGACCGCCCGACCAUGAAGGAAGUUGGGGAGCAGCUGUGGGAAAUAAGGAAAGAGUACGGAAAGAGCAUCAGGAAGGUGUGA